AUGUCUACCAAGGCACUGGCAAUUUCUGUUUACGAACAGCUGUUUGUACCACAAUGGUAUGACAGACCCGGUACAUAAAACUCCCACAUCUCAUGACCAAGAAGGGAAGUACGGGAGACAAGUACCUAUCUGUAGACGGAUAAUAACCGAGUUUACUACAUCAUUGCUAAAAAUCAAAAAGAGAUACGUACCUAGUUCACGCCAACCAUUCUAAACUGACAAACCAUAGAUGUGGAAGAGGAAAGGAUCCAUGACCUUUUAUCAGAGACGACAAACAAUGUCAGUCAUCUAACCGUGAGACACAUUAUUAAAUUAAAUGUGUGAAUACCAGAUCUCUUAUGACACUUCUAGAAGACUGGACUCCUAGGAUCUGGCUCAUUUCAACAGAGCAUUACAAAGUGAUUCCUAGUGAUGAUCACUUGAGUUCCGAAAGAUUGGGUACUGUACUGUAAUACCGGAGAAUUUGAGCAUCUUUCCUCAGGUAAAUGGAAUAUGAGCUAUACUAUUACCAUGAGAAUAGGAGAAUAGGAGAAAACGAGUACGAGUUUGUAGUUCGUUUUAGAAAGGAGCAAUUGUUUGGAAGAAAAACUCCUUUCUGAAUCCUGCGGAGAAAAAAUAUUCCGUAUCAGAUUUUUUUGAAAGAUCACACGGAAAUUUUGAUCAAUUCCAUGGGCGUGCGAUGGUGAACCGAUCCACCUGGCGGCCGGUCAGGUUCAUGUUUUUAUCGAGAGGGGACUCAGGGGUGGGGUUCGUUAGCCGAGAGAUUGGUGGAGGAGCCAAGAGCCUACUCAGGGGCAAGGGUCGAAGUAUCAACAUGAAACGUAGGUAGGGUGGGAUGAUCUCCCCCAUGUCCAAAAUGUAUCUGGGAAGUACGGAGUACUGUAAAUAAUAAAAGUGCUGCAGACUGCUGAUUUCUCUCUCUCUCGAGUGCCAGGCAUCUGGUUCUUUUCUUGUUGAAAUCCACGUCAGCCAAAUUGCGGUUAGAGUAGCUGAUGGGCGCGGGAGGAUUGUGAAGGAGGCAAACACGGCUGACUCCUCGUACGGGUAUGUUGGUUAAAGCUGAGAAAUGAUACUUUUCAUGAAGUACCCAGAACCAACAGUAACAGAGCAGCCGAGCAGACAGGCAAGCAGGCUUUCCAGUCGGGUCAGCUGGAAUCCGGGGGCGUUUUGGGAAGGUUCUUGAUCUUCUCCAAGCCUCGAAGGCCAGGCGCGAGGUGGAAUGCGAGAAUGAAGUCGGCAGAGUGCAAAGUUUUCGGAGGAAAGGCUGAUUCUGUCAUCGGUGGUGAUAUUUUGCAGUGCGCUGCAGAAGUGUCCACUGUGAUACUUUUGCGAUGGGACAUCUGCCAUCCAGCGUGCUCAGAAAUGUGCUCUCUGAGCCUCUCUCCGUGCAAGGUGUGCGUAUUUCCCAGGCCAUCUGCAAGGUACUCGAUCGGGUCUGCGGCUGCGGGGAGGGUUCGAUGGCGUAGGUACUAGCGUGUUUCUGCUUGAGCCCCUUCACUAGUUGACAGGCACCUGCUUGGCUGUGAGUGGGUAAAGACGCAGGCACCGUCACGAGUGGACGGGGGAGAAAAACGCGGUGGCUGCAGUGGCUGGACUUUCUCUGGCCGUCGACGCCCUUAGGGUUGCACUCCCGAUCGGCUUCUUUUUCCAUACUACGUAACUACGAGGUGCGUAGUAGCUCGGGUAGGGGUAGUCUAGGGGUAGUCUAGGGGUAGUCCCAGCCGAGAGAGGGCUCAGAGGUAGUCCCAGCCGAGAGAGGGCUCAGAGGGGCCAGAGGCCACCAGAUGGCCAAAGAGAGGAAAUCUGGUCGCCAUUUGAAAUGCGGGUGCCAGGUGGGAGAAGGACGGGGACGAGCCGUGAGAUUACUCAGAUUAGAGUUGACAAGCCACCCUUUUCCAGUGCUCUACUUCAUGUACGGAGGACUGGGUGCAUUCGUACUGUUGAGAAGCAAUCCAGACCCCACCACCACGCAGCUCAUCGCACGCCACGGACCGUCUGGUUGACCGUGAAAGCAGAUGAGCCCAAUCAAACAGAGCUAGGCCACAAUUUCCGAGGGCCCGGUCGACAAACGCUGCAUUCUUAUGCAUAGAGCUCAGGGCAGGCAGAGUGAAUAUCGAUGGUGAUUAUUCUUGUGACUGUGACGGGGGAGGAAAGUAAAUUUACUCCAUCGCGAGACUUGGACUGGCGAGCCUCCAAGUCGAACACAUUCACUCUUCUCCCGCCUGACAAACACAUACGCAUCUUUGCGCAGGUUGUGUGUUGUGUUUUGGCUCUAUCAGUGGACAGGCAAGUAAUUUACAGUAAUAAGCUUGCCUCUGAACUCUUAACCACCUGCAACGACGACACUCACACUCGCUCGUCACUUGCUCCGUCCCUACCUACCGAUAUCACCUAUCUUCGCCAUCACCACCUCUCCGCCGCGGCACUCUUACGCACACUUUCCCCAUCGACAGGCUUGAUCGCUGCUUUGUCACCAUCACCGUCCGAGAGCUUGAGCUUGAGCUUGACUCUCCCUCAACAGAAGGGCUGGGGACGAUUGGUUCCAUUGAUUGGUAUACCAAGUACACCAUCGACGACUCCGUACGGUGCGAGAGCAGUACGACCCGUUCUUGUACGAUUGCCCAGUUGAACAGACUUCGAAGUAACCUUAACAAGCUUCCAAGUGUCUUCGUCACUCCUCGUAAGAGUGGUUGUGGGGUGGCAAGACGAAUCGAGUACACCUACCUGGGUAGGUACUCGAGUAGGUCGGUAGGUACGACUAGACGGCCGCCUGCUGCCCUCGACGGCGCUUUCCUCUUCUGCCUCACCACCACACUCGCGCUUGCGCUUGCGAUUGCCAUUGCCAUUGCCAUUGCCAUUGCCCUUCUGAGGUUGCCUUACCAAGUACACAUCACGCACAGCAUCCCGACUUCUAUUUCUAAUUCUACGACGAAGGCUCUAACUUUAACCCGAGCUCUCUCGUCUCGGCCCUCUCCAAUAGGCGGGAUCGACGGGGUCAAACAAACUCCCGUCCUCGUCCUCGAUACUUCCGUACAUUUUUGGCUUCGGCUCAACCGACGUAGUCAACAAAACUACAUCGUACAACCCCAACCCCCCACCCAACCAUUGGAAUCGCGUGUGGACGGCGUGGCUUUGGAUUGUCACUUUUCACCGGAUUUUUUGAUUUUGGGUCGUGUAACUGCAAAGAGACGAUCGUUCGUGACAGGACAGAAACAAGGUACGUCGCAUGAAGGAUUUCUUCAGGGUCAGUACUUUCGAAACACCCAGUGUUCGUGCUUGUAUCACAACAUCCGACAGCUGGGCAACCUCAGAUUCAUCACCUCACGGUACACUGUACACCAUCACAGGGCACUGUGGACCGUGAUAAUUCUGGUGGCUUCGGUGACUAUUAUCAGCGUCUUGGACGACGCAUCAUCGCGGCUAGGCUCGCCUAUCUGCGUUCUGGUGAUACCUUCAAACACAAUUCCCUCUCCUCUCUUGGCGUGGAGGGCAACGAGAGGAAAGGUAUUGGAAACUUCUCUUGAGCUUCUACCCACUCACAAGCCCUACCAUCUUCCCAGCCGGUUCACUGCACUAUCCAUCCUAGCUGCCCUGCAGGCCGGUUUCUCGAAUUGGAUGGUCUCACUCUUCUCACCUUCCAGCAUCUUUUCAUUCUACCUUUUUUUUCUUCUUCUUCCCCACACCACCGCAUUGUUGAUCGAAGGUGGAUGUUAUUUGGAUACUAAUACUGCCGGCAGUGAGAUUGACGUUGGCCAAAAUUGAUUGGAUUGGAAUACACGAGUUGCCACAGCUUCACCUAUGUAAUGCGACAGCCGCUUUCCAGCAUCACAUAGACCUCCAUCUCAUGUCUAUUUCUUCGGAUCCUAGCGACCGACCACGCUCUUUAGCAUACGCACAUAUCUUUCUCACUUUGGAAUUCGACCAUUCCGAUACCUCUUUUUGA